UCUCUUGCACAGCACAUUCAGCGAGAGCGAGAGAGAGUGUUGAAUAAUUGCUCUUGACGCCCUCUUCUGCACCUCUCGUCCUUAUGAUCAUCAGCCUCUAGCUCAAGAAAAUUCGGAGCGUGACGUGAUACAUCAGAAGUUUUUCCGAGGAAUUUGGUUGAAUCGUGCGCUGUUAUGAAUGCAAAAGUGGUGAAGGCCCCCCCCAGCACCGUCUCGAGUCUUUGUGCAGUUUUCUGAGCUGAUUCGUUCAUGCUGAUAAAGCCCCUAGAUUAGAAUAGAAAUAUGAUGCUGUCGACGAAAUCUGAGUCUGACAUAACAAGUUCAGCGCCGUCCUCGCCUUCGAGGUCUCCGAAACGUCCCAUGUACUAUGUCCAAAGCCCUUCUAGAGACUCUCAUGAUGGGGACAAGUCCUCAUCAAUGCACGCCACUCCGAUGUCACAUAGCCCCAUGGAGUCCCCCUCGCACCCCUCGUUCGGGCGGCACUCGAGGAACUCCUCAUACAGCCGUUUCUCAGGGAUUUUCAGGUCCUCUUCGGGGAGGAAGGGAAGCAGGAAGAGGAACGACAAGGGUUGGCCCGAGUGUAAUGUGAUUUUGGAAGAGGGGUCUUAUGAUGAAUUGGAGGACAAGGCAUUUACGAGGCGGUUCCAGGCCUUGAUCGCUCUCUGCAGCUUCGUGGUUCUGUUCACAGUGUUCUGUUUGAUCAUCUGGGGCGCGAGUCGGCCUUACAAAGCGGAGAUCACUGUCAAGAGCUUGGCGGUGAGUAACUUCUAUGUCGGGGAGGGUUCAGAUUUCUCCGGCGUUACGACCAAGAUGCUGACCUUCAAUGGAUCUCUGAGGAUGAGUGUCUACAAUCCGGCGACAUUAUUUGGCAUCCAUGUGAGCUCUACGCCUAUCAAUCUCAAGUACUUGGAGAUCACGGUUGCCACCGGACAGCUGAAGAAGCAUUACCAACCGAGAAAGAGCCGUCGCUCCGUACUGGUGAACUUGGAAGGGAACAAGGUUCCUCUGUAUGGGGCCGGAUCGAGCUUAACGGUUUCGCAAAAUGGAGGCGAAGUGGUCCCAUUCACGCUACAGUUCGAGAUCCGCUCGCGAGGUGACGUGGUCGGGAAGCUUGUGAGGACGAGACACCGGAAGCGAAUCACUUGUCCAGUCACGAUAGACUCCACCAGUACCAAGCCCAUAAUAUUCAAGAAAGAUUCCUGCACAUACAGCUGAUGCCUGCUGUGCCUCGUGAAUCCUUGAAUGCUACAACAUUCUGCACUGCAUUUCUUGCCGAGUGUCCAAUUGCUUAUGUUUAUAAGAAAACGUUUCUCAUGUUAAGAAUUGCUGUCGUGUUUUUCCUUAUAAGGUUCUCUUGACCGACAUGGCAAAA